AUGCCGCGAAUCCUUUGUGUGGCUGAAAAACCGUCCAUUGCAAAGGCGGUCGCUACACAUCUGUCUGGUGGCUCAUAUCAAACCCAUGACACUCGGGACAGGUAUACCAAAAAUUAUGUUUUCACUUGCGAUUUCGGUCCUCCCUGGGGACGCUCUACGGUCACCAUGACUGCUGUGAGGGGACAUCUCACGCAGCUAGACUUUCACCAGGAGUUUAAGAAGUGGGAAUACCCACCACCAGAUCGCCUCUUUGACGCGCCUGUCCAGACAAUCUACCCGCAUGACAUGAAAAAUAUUGCCCAGAACAUCGAAAACCAGGCCCGGCAAGCUGACAUACUCUACAUCUGGACGGAUUGUGAUCGAGAAGGUGAGCACAUCGGAAGCGAGAUCCGGGAGGCCGCAAGGAAGGGCAAGAGGAACAUUCAAGUCUACAGAGCAAGGUUCAGCAACAUUGAACGAGCACAUAUCCUAUCUGCUGCCCGACGUCCGGUAGCCUUAGACGACAAACAGGCUGAAGCAGUCGCUGCGCGUAUCGAGUUGGACCUGAGAAUCGGAUCUGCAUUUACUCGCUUUUUGACGUUAAGUCUAAGACCCCUUGGUGGGGCAAUGGCCGACCUUCUGCUCAGCUAUGGAUCCUGUCAGUUCCCAACUCUUGGUUUCGUCGUCGACCGAUACUUCCGCGUCAGAAACUUUGUUCCAGAACCGUUCUGGUCUAUCAAGGUGAUGCACGAGAAAGAAGGUGUCAAAGUCAACUUCAACUGGUCCAGAAACCGUCUAUUCGACAGGUUGUCCGUGCUCCUCCUUUACGAACGAUGUCUCGCCGCCAAAAUUGCAAAGGUCACGGAAGUCAAAGAGAAGCAAACCAAGAAAUGGAAGCCUCUUCCCCUCACCACCGUCGAGCUUCAGAAGAUGGCCACACGGUUUCUUCGGAUGACGGGUCAAGAAGCCAUGACGGUAGCAGAAAAACUAUACAACAAGGGUUUCAUCAGCUACCCCAGAACAGAAACAGACCGUUUUGACAAGGGUAUGAACUUGCGGGCGCUCGUCCAAAAGCAAACCCAGGACCAACGCUGGGGUCCCUUCGCACAGAAUCUGGUCGACGGAGCCUUCCAACAACCUCGCCAAGGUAGGAAUGACGACAAGGCCCAUCCUCCCAUUCAUCCCAUCAUAUAUGCGGCACCCACCGUGCUUGACGAUCAGGAAAAAAGACUAUACGAGUUCGUGGUCCGCCGAUUUCUCGCCUGCUGCUCCGAAGACGCCAGAGGAGCAGCCACCGACGUGGAAAUUACCUACGGCGAAGAAAAGUUCGUCGCCCAUGGCCUGAUCGUCCACCAGCGCAACUACCUCGACGUUUACCCUUACGAAAACUGGACCGGAACGGCCGAGCUACCGAAAUUCACCGUCGGCGAAACGUUUGAACCGACCGAAGCUAUGAUGACCGAAGGCAAGACCACUGCCCCUAGCUAUCUGACCGAGGCGGAUCUGAUUGCCCUCAUGGACGCGAAUGGAAUUGGCACCGAUGCGACCAUGGCCCAGCAUAUUGAGAAGAUCAAGGAGAGACAGUAUGUGCAGGUGGUCGAGCGAGGCGGUAAUGGAGGCGGCGGUAACGACGAUGAUGACGGUGCAGCUGGUGGCGCACGGGGCGGACGCGGUGGCCGGGGAGGACGUGGAAGAGGUGGUGGGCGGGGCGGACGAGGAGGAGGCGGAGUUGGCGGUGGUGUCAAGGAGUUUAUCCCGACCAGCCUCGGUGUCGCCUUGAUUGAGGGCUUUGAGAGGAUGAACUUCGAAACCAGCCUCGGCAAGCCCUUUCUCCGCAAGGAGAUGGAGCUCAAGAUGAAGGCAAUUUGCGAAGGUCGGCUUACCAGGGAUGCCCUCUUGCGGGAGAGUAUCGCGAGUUAUCGUCAAGUGUAUGACCAGUCACGGGAGGAGGUCAACUUGCUGAAAGUUGCCUGUAGACAGUAUGUAUUUGGUCAGAAUGGCGGGGCUUGA